AUGACGACCGCACACAGACCCACAUGGUACAACGCCAUCGGGGGGGAAAACCAAGGUGGCAACCGCAAGGUGAGCCAAACCGCCAAGGUCUGCAGCAGGGACCUGCCAGGGCACACCAAAAUGAAGACCAGGGACCUCAGUGACUACGUGGAGGACAAGGAAGUGAUCAGGAACAACCUCCUUCAGCUCGAAGGUGGAGCUACCGACAACGACAACAGCCACAGGCUCCUAGCCAUCGAGAAUAUAAAAAAACUCACCAACCAUGAUUACACCAACCCGUUUCCCGAAGACGAGGAUGAUGAAGUGGAGGAGGAGUGGAAGUCACGCAGGCGUAAAAAGGGCCAAAAGGCCAAACGGAAGGACAUAGCGCCGCGUGGCGCGAAGGCAGACUCACAGGAAGGCAGUCAAGAGGGUGAUCAGUCAAGUGACAUUUCAGAAGACCACUCAGGUUCAUCGGAUGACCCUUCGGAUGAUUCCUCUGAAGACGAAUCGGAGGACGAGGAGGAGAAGGAACUGCUCAGGGAGCUCGAAAACCUGAAACGAGAGAAAAUGGAGAAGGAGCGACAGGAGAAGCUGGAGCAGGAACGUCUGCAAAGCAGAAAAAACAAUGUGCUCACCAACAACCCACUCAUAAACCUGGAGGACAAUAGUGACAAUGAGGAGGGCGAAGGUCUGAGCAGGAAGCGAAAGUGGACCGAGGAGGCCAUCUUCCGAAACACCUGUGAGAAGAAGGAGAAAAAAAUCACCUUCAUUAAUGACACCGUACGCACAGCCUUCCAUAAGAAGUUUCUCUUUAAGUAUAUUCACUGA